AGGUUAUGGCAUGACUGAGUACCUAUUCAUAGUGCGGGGCACCGACGUUGAUCAACCAUUCAUACCGGGCAGUUGCGGUCCGGUAUCGCCGGGGACCGAGGUAAAAGUUGUAGACAUUACAACGGGUGCAAUGUUGGGGCCCGACACGGAUGGUGAAAUUUGUGUCCGGGGCAACAAAAUGUUUGCCGGGUAUCUAAACAACGAGAAAGCCUAUCGCGAGGCGUUUGACGGCGAGGGCUGGUAUAGGACGGGCGAUAUUGGCCGCUACGACGGCCGGGAAAAUAUAUACAUUACGGACCGACUCAAAGAAGUGAUACGUAUAGGCAUUGGUAAUACAUACAUAAAUAUAUCGCCCGUAGAGAUCGAGUCGUAUGUACUGACACACCCGGCCGUUGAGGAGACAGCGGUGGUGGGCGUGAAUAACAAGGCCGGCACUCACUGGCCCCGGGCUUAUGUGAUGCUCAAACAUGGUUGUCAUGUGUCCGCUGAAGAGAUUGAAAAUUUUGUUUCUGAUACGUUGGCGCAAACAAAACAUUUAAAAGGCGGCGUGGUGUUUGUAGACUCAAUCAAGCGUAUUGGUAUGGGCAAAGUGGAUAGGAAAUAUUACCGGGCACUUGUUAGCGAUGAGAUUAUUGAUUAAUUUGUUUUAUUUUAUUUUAACAAGUGUAGUAAUAUUUUAAUUUUUAAAACAAUCUUA